AAUAAUGUCAACCAAUAAUUUAUCAACGAUUGUCAAACAAUUGUUUUGUAUAAUAUUUUUGGCCAUCAAUAUCAAUGAGAUGAUGUGCGGCUUGAAUGGGACAACUGUUAGUACUAUCAUAGGUAGGGACAGGGAUGUCGGUGUUGUUGGUGUAUCUGAUGACAAUAGGACCUGUUUGAUGGACUCUAUAUGCAAAAACAAUGACAAAUCCGGAUCCAAUCGCAACUCGCCCUGCCAUCAGAUACAUGUGCCCUACGAUAAUGUUACCGACGAUGACUUUUACGAUCUAUUGUGGACACACUGUCCCCACUUUUUCGAUGAUAAAGGCGAUCUCUUGCAUCCGAUCUGUUGUAGUGCAGAACAGGAGGACUCGAUCUCACGGCUCAUAUCUCAAGUGGAUAUCAUCCGCCGAUCGUGUCCUUCGUGUACAACAAAUGCUAAAAAAUAUUUUUGUAAUUUAUUUUGUUUACCGAAACAAUCGGAGAUUUUGAACAUUGAAAAAACCAUACAUAAGGCUAUACUGAAUAUAUCGUACGUUAUAUCCAAACAAUUUGCCGAAACAUUUUACCAAUCGUGUCGUGAUGUCCGUAUUUUCGGGGCCUACCUAAUGGAUCAGGAGUUUAUAUGCGGACCGUAUAAACGAUCAAAUUGUACGGCCGAACGAUUUCUGACAACUCUCGGAUCGAUUAGUCAAAUGCCGCUUAUUAUACAUCCGGUUAUUACUGAUUUGGUGGGCACUGGUAGUAGUGGUGAGGGUGAUGGAGGAGGACUGGUAUCACUGUUGGGACACCGAUUCAGGCCAAUGUCUGGCCAGGCCUACCAGUGCUACGAAUCGCCGCCCAAUGAUAAUGCCUGUUCAUGUGAUAACUGUGAACGUAGAUGUAAUGAAACAUUAUUAGCUAAUUAUCAAAAUAAUAAUAAUAAUCAUCAAAAUGUAAAACUAAAUGAUGAAAAUGCAGCCACACAUGGAUUAGGUGGUAAUUUGGAUCAAUUUUUUAUCUAUAGAAUUGUGGCCACCGUUUUGGUUAUUAAAUAUAUUUUUUAGUUUUUUAAAAGUUAAUAGAGAGAAUUAGUUUAAAAAAAAAAUUAAUUAUGUUUUAACUUAGA